AUGAAUCGAAAAGUGAAUCGUGCAACAGUGAAUCGCCCAACUAAAACAAACAAUGCUACGUAUGAAACUAUAACACCAAUACGACAAGAUCGUUCAUCACCAUUAGCAGCUAUUCAUCCAGAUUCAACAUUAACUCAAAGGCUUUCAGAACAAGAACAUUUUCCAGCAAUAGCGGCGACUGCCGUUACUCCGCGAAAAGUCUCUGCAGUUAAACCACAACAACGACAAAUUACGGAUGGACGACGAAUUAGUUUUACAAGACCUACAACAGCCGCACCCCGAGGCGCAGACGAACAACAACAAGUGAAAGAAAAUGAUAAUCAAGAUAGUUAUUUACCACUUAAAAUAUUUGAUGGUAAAAAAACGUCGGUAAAAGAUCUGACAGAAGCAAGUAGUUCAUAUUUGUGGUUACGACGAAUUAGAGAAAUAUUUCUUGUGAUGGGCAAAGCCAAUGAUCCAUUUUCACAAUUUGAUAUGGAAAUAGCUCGAACGGAAAUGAUAAAAACAUGUGAAAGUUAUAUCAAAAGCAAAAAGCCAAAAGAAACCAUUAAAGAAGUAAAUUCCCCACAAAAUAGGGAGUCAAUGACUUGUAUUUUGUUGUAG